AUGGCGAGACGGGGUCUACUUCUUCUCUUUACAUUGUUCUGUUUGUCUCAUUUUGCAAAAUGUAAAGUAUCCAAUGGAGGGUACGAAUAUCUGCAUAGCAGAUUCCUCCAGAGUAAAAUUAACGUCCUCACGUGGUUAACCAACGUAAUAUAUCCAUCCGAAACGCCCAAAUAUUUUAAGAAGCAUUUGGAUUACCGAGGAUGUCGUGAAUAUUUCUCGAAGCCAACUUAUGAUCCAGUUGAUCUGAAUAGUCAAUGGCUCCAAACGGACAACUGGCAGAUGGAUAACCAGAAGGCAAUAAUAGAAUACAAGGGGAAGGACACCUACAGAGAAUCAAAACAUCCUUUUCCCUUUGGAUGGCUAGACAACAGGAUGAGCACCCGAACGUCUCUGAUCAAGAGAGACUUCUUCUGCAAGAAAACCAUAGCCCAACUAGAGGUUCAAAUGAACGACGCGCAAUCCUGCGGGUUAAUUUUCCGCAUCGUUGGGGAGCGUAAUUACUGGGGGCUGCUAAUAGACAAUAAGGUUUUAAAACUCGUUCGCGUCAGAGAGGGCGAGUUGUUGGUUCUCAAGGAAUUCAAGGAACUGAAGAUUAAAAAGGACGAAUGGUACGUACUAUUUGCUCAAGAAGUGAUAAAGGAUAUAAAAAUUAAGGCGGGAAAGUAUGGAGACCUAUCUGUUGACUAUCUCAGGAAAAGCGAAGACGAGUCGGAAUACAGCACAGCUAAGCAGGGUGCGUUUGGACUCUUAGCGAACAAGGGGAAUUGCAAAUUUAGGAACAUCGUGCUACGGGGGAAGAAGUGGAGCACAGAGUAUGAGAAGCUGAAAAAUGGAACCCCUCCGCUUUUGUACAACCUGGAAGAAAUAGAGUCCCUAUAUGAAAAUUUUAAAGAUUGGUGUCCCCAGGCGUCCUUAUGUGAGAAGAGUAAAUACGAAAAUAUGAAUGUUUAA